AAAAUCACUCCUCCUUCCUUCACUCCAGACACUGCCCGCUCUCCGGGACUGCCGCGCCGCUCCCCGUUGCCUUCCAGGACUGAGAAAGGGGAAAGGGAAGGGUGCCACGUCCGAGAGCAGCCGCCUUGACUGAGGAAAGGUCUGAAUCCCACCCUUGGCAUUGCUUGGUGGAGACUGAGAUACCCGUGCUCCGCUCGGCUCCUUGGUUGAAGAUUUCUCCCUCCCUCACGUGAUUUGAGCCCUGUUUUUAUUUUCUCUGAGCCACGUCCUCCUCGAGCUGGGUCAAUCUGGCAAAAGGAGUGAUGCGCUUCGCCUGGACCGUGCUCCUGCUCGGGCCUUUGCAGCUCUGCGCGGUCGUGCGCUGCGCCCCGCCCGCCGCCGGCCAACAGCAGCCCCCGCGCGAGCCGCCGGCGGCUCCGGGAGCCUGGCGCCAGCAGAUCCAAUGGGAGAACAACGGGCAGGUGUUCAGCUUGCUGAGCCUGGGCUCACAGUACCAGCCUCAGCGCCGCCGGGACCCGGGCGCCGCCGUCCCGGGUGCCGCCAGCGCCUCCGCCCAGCAGCCCCGCACUCCGAUCCUGCUGAUCCGCGACAACCGCACCGCCGCGGCGCGGGCGCGGACGGCCGGCUCCUCUGGAGUCACCGCCGGCCGCCCCAGGCCCACCGCCCGCCACUGGUUCCAAGCUGGCUACUCGACGUCUGGAGCCCGCGAAGCUGGCGCCCCGCGCGCGGAGAACCAGACCGCGCCGGGAGAUGUCCCUGCGCUCAGUAACCUGCAGCUGCCCAGCCGCGUGGACGGCAUGGUGGGCGACGACCCGUACAACCCCUACAAGUACACUGACGACAACCCUUAUUACAACUACUACGAUACUUAUGAAAGGCCCAGACCUGGGGGCAGGUACCGGCCCGGAUACGGCACUGGCUACUUCCAGUACGGUCUCCCAGACCUGGUGGCCGACCCCUACUACAUCCAGGCGUCCACGUACGUGCAGAAGAUGUCCAUGUACAACCUGAGAUGCGCCGCGGAGGAAAACUGCCUGGCCAGUACGGCAUACAGGGCAGAUGUCAGAGAUUAUGAUCACAGGGUGCUGCUCAGAUUUCCCCAAAGAGUGAAAAACCAAGGGACAUCAGAUUUCUUACCCAGCCGACCAAGAUAUUCCUGGGAAUGGCACAGUUGUCACCAACAUUACCACAGUAUGGAUGAGUUUAGCCACUAUGACCUGCUUGAUGCCAACACCCAGAGGAGAGUGGCUGAAGGCCACAAAGCAAGUUUCUGUCUUGAAGACACAUCCUGUGACUAUGGCUACCACAGGCGAUUUGCAUGUACUGCACACACACAGGGAUUGAGUCCUGGCUGUUACGAUACCUAUGGUGCAGACAUAGACUGCCAGUGGAUUGAUAUUACAGAUGUAAAACCUGGAAACUAUAUCCUAAAGGUCAGUGUAAACCCCAGCUACCUGGUUCCUGAAUCUGACUAUACCAAUAACGUUGUGCGCUGUGACAUUCGCUACACAGGACAUCAUGCGUAUGCCUCAGGCUGCACAAUUUCACCGUAUUAGAAAGCAAGGCAAAACUCCCAAUGGAUAAAUCAGUGCCUGGUGUUCUGAAGUGGGAAAACAAUAGAUUAACUUCAGUAGGAUUCAUGUAUUUUGAAAAAGAGAACAGAAAACAACAAAAGAAAUUUUGUUUCGACUGUUUUCAAUAACAAAGCACAUAACUGGAUUUUGAACACUUAAGUCAUCAUUACUUGGGAAAUUUUUGAUGUUUAUUAUUUACAUCACUUUGUGAAUUAUCACAGUGUUUCAAUUCUGUAAUUACAUAUUUGACUCUUUCAAAAGAAAUCCAAAUUUCUAAUGUUCCUUUUGAAAUUAUAGUGCAAAAGGAUCAGUAUUAUUUAAGUGAAUGAGCCAAAAUGACUUUGAACUGAAACUUUUCUAAUGUGCUGGAACUUUAGUGAAACAUAAUAAUAAUGGGUUUAUAUAUGUCAUAGCAUAGAUGAAUUUAGAAACAAUGCUCCUACUGUUUAAAUACAUAUGGACACAUCUGGUGCUGAGAAAGAAACAAACACAUUACCAUUGGUGUCAAGAAAUAUUACUAUAUAGCAGAGACAUGGCAAUACAUGUAUUCAGAUAGUUACAUCCCUAUAUAAAAAUUAUGUUUACAUUUUAAAAAUAAGUAGAUAACUUUCUUUCUUUCAAAUGCACAAUUUCAUUUUGACUUGAGUCAACUUUUGUUUUGGAACAAAUAAGUAAGGGAGCUGCCCAAUUCCUGUCUGAUAUUUCUUGAGGCUGCCCUCCAUCAUUUCAUCUUUCCCAUGGGCAGAGAGGUUGUAAGUGGGGUUCUUAAUAUCACCAUUCCUGGGACUGGUAUACGUAAGGCAGCCAUGAAACUGGGAAGUCAUUUGGAUGACUGAUGUGAUACAUCCAGAGAUAAUAUGCAUUGAAACAUAUUAAAAUAUUUGCCAAAGAUACAAUUUUCUUGCUGACAUAAAAUCAUAUAAACAAGUCCCCACCAAACCAUAACUGUCUCUCAAAUAACUUAAAAACAUUGAAAAACAUUUUAGGAUUUUUCAACUUUUCUAGAUUUUAAAAAGAUGUUCAGCUAUUAAAGAGAGGAAUGCUAAAAAUUUUAUAUUAUUUAGAACACAGGAACAUCAUCCUGUGUUCUAUUCAGGCUUAUUCAGGAAUCAGUCACGUGUGUGUGUGUCUGAGAUGUAGUCUAAAUUAGCAAAGCUCAUAGUAUUACAUACUUGAGGGGUUGGUGAACAAAGGAAAAAUAUACUUUCUGCAAAACCGAGGAUCAUGCUGCGUAAUGAGACAGGUGUGAUUGCAUUUUAAACUGUGAAACCAUGUGCCAUAAUAGAAUUUUGAGAUUUUCGCUUUUUCCUAAAUUCAAGAAAAUGAAAUUACACUUUUAAGUUAGUAGUGCUUAAGCAGAAUUUUUCCUACAUUAACCAGUAUGAAAAUCUCAAGUAAGACUUUCCAGUGCCAGAACACGUUAGGUGGAAUUUUAAAAGUGCAUCGGCAUCCUGUAUUACAUGUCAUAGAAUUGUAAAGUCAACAUCAAUCACUAGUAAUCAUUCUGCACUCACUGGGUGCAUAGCAUGGUUAGAGGGGCUAGAGAUGGACAGUCAUCAACUGGCGGAUAUAGCGGUACAUCUGAUCCUUAUCCACCAGGGCACAUGCUUACCAGUAGACAGUACAGACAGCUUCUGUUGAGCUAGUAACUGAGCUAUGGAUAGCUUCUUUGAUGUACCUCUUUGCCUUAAAUUGCUUUUUAGUUCCAAGAUUGUAGAAUGAUCCUUUCAAAUUGUAAUCUUUUCUAAUAGAGAUAUUUUAAUAUACUUGCUUUCUUAAAAAACAAAAAAAAACUACUGUCAGUAUUAAUACUGAGCCAGACUGGCAUCUACAGAUUUCAGAUCUAUCAUUUUAUUGAUUCUUGUAUUAAAAACUAGGCAAUAUCAUCAUGGAUAUAUAGGAGAAGACACAUUUAUAACCAUUCAUUGGGCCUUUUAUCUGUCUAUCCAUUCAUCAUCUGAAGGCCUAAUAUAUGCCAGGUACUCACAUGCUAUGCAUUGAGACAUAAAAAAGACUGUCUAUAACCUCAAUAAGUAUUAAAAAUCCCAUUAUUACCCAGAAGGUUCAUCUUAUUUCAUUUUUAGGAAAUAAAAUUACAUGUCUAUAAAAUUUCAAUUUUAAGCACUAUUGUUUUUCAUGACCAUAAUUUAUUUUUAAAAAUAAAUUAAAGGUUAAUUAUAUGCAUGUGUGUAUUUCUAAUAAUUAAAAAUGUGUUCAAUCCCUGAAA